AUGAGCUACUCGCUGAACUUAGACACCUUCAAGAAGACUCAAGAUGUUUCCGGCACAAGUGACAUAACAGAGAAUGUGUACGAAAAGGAAAUUAAGGAAAUGAAGGAGAUGAACGAGCUGGAUAGCUCCAACGCUAUUGCCCAGAUGGAGGAAGAUAGGGAGGAGGAGCAGGAAAGGGAGAAGGAGAAAGAAAAGGAAAAGGUGAAGAAACCCCCCUCCUACGAUCAGAAGGAAACAAAAGCAACGAAGAAAAACAAUUUUAUGAACAUUUUUAAAAAGAAAAAAAAAUCGGAAGAAAUUGAAGAAAACGUUUCGAAAAUAUAUGACUCCAAUUGUAUACUUUCCAAUCCGAAUAACGUAGACGAAGAGAAGUACUACCUGUCCUUUAGUGAGCUAAACAGAGGCGACGACCUGUCCGAUAAAAUCGUGGAGGAACGUAGCCCAAGGGACACCAAACAAGUGGAUAAAUCGUUAACAGGAAAAACAAACAAAAAGGAUAAAAAAGUAGACAAGAAAAUGUCAAGAGAGAGUAAAAAAAAAAUGAAGAUAAAAAAAAAAAAAAAAAAAAAUUCUUCCAUGGGGGAGAUUAAAAGUGAGAGCAAGGACGAACUUGCUCAAAAGCAAACGAGUGGAAAAAAAUUCAAUGAGGAGAAUGAGGCAGAGGACAGAAAUUAUAAUUUUGAACCACAUGAAGAUUUAAAAAAAGAAAUCGAAAAAAUAAAAAUAGAUAUAGACAAAAUUAAGAAGAAGGGUAAUGUAAAAAGAAUAUAUGAUGAUUUGAAAUAUAUACUCCUUUUCCAAAAUGAAAUAAUUGAUAUUCUGAUAGAAGACAUAAGGAAAAAUAAAUUAAGAACAAAAUACGACAUGCUAGAAGACAGUACUGUUAAGGAUGAUGUAAAUAAAAUUAUUUUGAAUCACAUAACAUUGGAUCUUUUAAAAUUUAAAUACAUCAACACAAAAUUGAAGGAGCUAAUUCUCUGUGUAUAUGACACGAAGAAAUUUAACUCCUUGAUAAGAAAAAUAGUGUAUAACAAAUUGGAUGAAAUGAAAAAAAUUGUUGAUAAAAAUGGAGAACUAACUUUUGCAAAAACUAUGUUGAGCUUCCUGUAUAAGCAACUUAAGUACUGUCUUGAGGAAGAAGUGCAAUCCUACUAUGAAGAAGUAAAAAAUAUGAACGACGAUAUACAUAAUCUAAAAAAAAAUGUUGUUCAAAUAAUUUUUGAGGCAAUAAAUAAUGUAUGCUCAUUGCCACAUCCAAAUGAGAUAUAUCACACGAAUGGUACGAAUGCCAAAUAUGAAGCUGAACAGAGGAAGAAGCAAAUCAUGUGUCCAGAAUAUCAGAAGGACUUGAAUAGCUUUUUCUCCCUAUACGAUUGUGUUCAUGUCGAGGGAGGGAGCUAUCAUAAGGACGGAGUAAACCAAAAUAAGUUUAAAAAUUUCUGUGUUUUAACCAACGAGAGGAAGGAUAACCAUAUGCCUCCACCUCAAAUGAUGAAUAAAAAUGUAACAUUUGGUGAUCAUACCGGUGGGGUUCUGGACAGAGCACACCUGAUAAAUUCAGAACAGCUGCUAAAUUAUCCACCGUCUACCACCAUUUUGAAUCAUUCCUAUGUGGUUGCAGAUGAUCCUCGGAGGAUGGGUUCCAAUUUUAGAACCCACAAAAUCGUUUCACACACCGCUCCCAUAGAUGUGCAUUAUGCAAGGAAGGAAACUCAGCAGCCUUGUACUUAUGUGUCUAAUUUGAAGGCAACAAACGGGGGUACUUACUCGGACGACUUGAACAGUUAUUACGGCGAGGCUACUUCUGCAGCGGUCACCAAUGGAUAUGACGCAAAUGGACUUCGUUAUAUUUAUGGCAAGAGUGAUGGUCGCAGAAUGCAAAGCAACAGUAAUAAUAUAAUGAGGGGCGUUGCUAAGGAAUGUUCUCUAUUCUGUAAUGGACUAGAUAAAAUGAGAAGCUUUCGUAACUUUACGGAGCACACGAAUGUUCACCCCAUGAUGAGGAACAACCCCUAUGCGGAGUAUCGAAUUGGAUGUAAUGAUCUUCAUGGGGGAGAUGUAUUCGUUGUGGAGAAGAUGAACAGUAGCCCGCGGAUUAUGCAACCCGUGGAUUCGAACAAUCAUUCAGGUGGCUUCACAGUACGUUCCAGUGUGGAUGUGCAGAAUGGUGAUCUGGUUGAAAGGGGGCGAAUUGACCCCCUGCAAAAUGUUUACUUGGGUAAUGGACAUGACAUGAAAAAUUAUGUAUGCACCCCUUCCACGGGGGUCACCUCCUCUACAACCGUACAUAUUGCAGACCCCAUUGGUAGGGCGAAACAUAUGAGCAACCCAAUGGAGUACACGGGGUUCGAAAUAGUAUCUAGCAAGGAAGACAUAAAAAAGCUGGAAACCUUGCUAAACGAUAAAUGGGGGAGUUUUAAGCUCUUUGAGAAGUGGGUUAAGGAUUGUUCAAAAUGGCAGUGGAUAGAUUUGAAGCUUCAGAGGGAGUACAUAGGGAGCAAUGUCGAUUUGGAGAAGCUUAAGGAGGAAAAAAAAAAAUAUUUGGAGAAAUGUAUAAACAAGAAAAUAAAAGAAUUGUGGUGCGGACGAAUGAAAGGUCUAAUGAAUUUGAAGCUAUGUGACAUGGAAAAAAAAAUUGCGAAAAAUUUUACUUCAAAUAAUGUUAUUAGUAAAAAUAUUUAUGAGGUUAUUUUGGAUUUUGAGAGGAGCUCUAUGUGCUACCAGGACUUGUACGCAAAGAUACUAAAUGCUCAGGGCGACAACAAAAAGAUCAGUUCAUUAUUUAAAAAGUACAACGUAUAUGGAGAAAAGAAUAGUGAUGAUGAAGAGGCGAACUUUACACACGGAGAGGGGAAAAAGAAUUCCAUUUCCAAUACGGAGGGUACUAAAUAUGCCAAUAAAAAAAAGGGAUAUGUUCAGUCCUUGAUUUACAGCUUUAAUAAGAAGACCCACAAGCAGAGUAAUCCUAAAGACGGGUCUCAUCUGAAGAAGGAAAAUGAGGAGUUGAACCAGAAGAAGGGGGGCACAACUUCAGUGAAGGAAUCGACUAAUUUGAAGGAGCACAUGGUCGUGGAAAAUGGAGACAACGCGAAGAAGGGAGAUGCAACUAUGAAGAUGAAUACCCAUACGAAUGCCAAUAACGACAAAGACAACAUCGGGGAAGAUGUCCGUAGUAGCCACCCCGAUAGAGUAAACAACUCCUACAUUUACAACGAUUCUUAUCUGCAUACUGACUCUCGACUUAGGAGCGGUUCCCACACAGGAUGCGAAUCUCAUAAUGGAAAAAACCCCUCUGAGCGGAAGAGCGAUUCCCACGGUAGCAGCAGUUCCAGCUCUGGUGUACGAAUAGGACGGUCAAGCAUAAAUAAGAAGGAAAACAAUGGCUCCUUCUUCGACAGCUUCUUUUUCUUCAAAAGUGAGCAGAACAAGAAGAGCUCCGGAAGCAAGUCGGGUAGCUCCGAAUCAGCGGCCAAGUCCAAAUCCAAGUCGAACAGUUCACAGAAUGAAGAUGGCUACCCCAUGGAAUAUUCCAAAAUUGUGGAUUCAAGUAAAUAUAACAAAAAGAAAAAGAAAAAAAAAAACAAAAAGAGUAAUAUGAGUACUUUAAAAAAGAUUUUUUAUCUGAACAGGAAAAAAAAGAGCAAGGAGAAAUCUUCCGACAGCGAUGAAUCUUCGUCCGACAACUCCGCAAAGGGAGAGAAAAAGGAGAAACGCGUAAAGGGUAAGGAAGACACCACCAGGGGGGAUAAAAAAAAUAAUUCCAGAAAAUCAACACGGGAAAAUGGCACCGUAAAAAGGGGAAGCCUAGACCAAAGGGACAAGGCUUUGGAGAGGCAAUCCUCCUCUGAUGAGGAAGAGUACAAAUAUGAUGGAGAAUUCGAAUACCAAAUUUUAGAAAAGGAAGUGGGAGACCAUCUACACUUGGAAGAGGAAAAGGAAAAAAUCGUGUCCAUUGAAGAACUACACAAGGACCAGAGUUCUGAACUUCCGGCGAAGUCGAAUGCUAGCAUGGGUGUGGGUGCUAGGAAAAGUCUCAACAUAGUGAAGGAUGGAGGAAAGGAAGAAUCCAAGCAGGAAAUGCAGGAGGCAAAGCAAGGCCAUAGCCAACCAGAAAAACAACAAGGGAAAGAAGGAGGUAGGCAUCAAGGAAAACACGAACCCACAAAAAAUGGCAGACCUAAGGCAGCAGAACCUAUAUUGACGAGCCAAAUAAACGAAGACAUGGAAGAAAGCAAGCGUCGCGCAUCCUACAACAAAGAGACUCAGAUAAAUAAGGUAUAUUCAUUUGUGGAGGAGCACUCGAUGAGUUUAGGAAGAAAUUCCAAGGAAAAUUCUAGCGUAGUAAAUAAAAAGGCAAAUUCUUUUGUGGAUUAUGGGUCAGGCUCAUUGGGGGAGCACAAAAGGGAGUGCAGCCGUUACGGUGAAGGCAAGGAAAAAGAGAAGAAUGUAGUAGACCAAAUCGGAGCGGAUGAAGAAACGGGGAGGGGAGAAAAAUCACGGAAUAAUGAUGCCCACCAAGGGGAACACCAAAAUCGAAGCAAAAAAAAUAACUCCAUUACUCACUCAGACAUUUCGUACUACUCACAUGAUGAGGAUGAAGAGGAGGUAGACGAGGGGGGCAAAGAAUACGACAACUUCUCGAGCAUAGGUUCUAUAAAAAAAGGAAAUAAAAAAAAUAAAAUUAAUAAAUUCUUUAAGAAUUUGGGAAAGUUUAGCUUCAAGCCAUCAAAAAAGAAGUCCAAACAAAUGUCCACGCGCAUGGAUGAAAUGAUUCUGAAGAGUGCACCCAGUGUUGCUUCCAACGAAAAUAAUGAAGAACAUAUGGAUGAUGAUAUACUAGAGAAGGAUCACGAAGGGGUCGGUCCCAAAAGGAUGAGUGGACAUGGGAAAAUGUUUAUGUCGAAGAGCUUCAUGCUAAGUAGUGACGUCAAUAAUAAAAAGGGGGGAGGUGUCACGAAACGGAAAAUGAGCCAUCAGGUGGAUAAAUUAUAUUCGUAUAUAAACAAACUCAAGGAGAAGAAAAAGAACUCCACCAAAAUGGAGGUAAACUUGAAUGAUGAGAAAACAAACGGUGCAGUGGAGGAGAAGCAACCGCACAGAGAAGGUGAGAGAAAGCCAAGUGAGAAGGAAAUUCUCCCCAUGCGUAUUAUCAGUCGUAUAGAAACUGCAAACAGUAUGAGUAUAUCCAAUGAAAACAUCACGAAGGAGGUAAAAGAAAAUGAGUCGGAAGGAAACGCUUUGACGAAGAGACCGUACAGCAGUGGUAAUAUAAACAAGGUGGAUAAUUAUUUUGGUGAAAAAUUUCUGGAUAAGAGCAGUCCUAGGGGGCAGAAAAAUUCGCCGCGCUUUGGAUACAGCCAGUCUAAUCAGGAAAUCUCAGAAGGAAGCGGCAAUUCCGUCGGGAGCGCUUCAUCUGCGAAAAAUGCAUAUGAGGAUAGUGCAGGGAAAGGGGGUGUAGAAGCCACAGAGGAGAAGAAAUACCAAAGUGGAAAAUUUGACGAGGUGAGAAAUGUUACGGGUGCGAAGAGGAAGGAAAGGAAAAAAAACAAGGGGGAGAAGCUAGACACGUGGAAUACACGACGUGGAGUGAAAACGCCCAGCUUGUCGUUUUCCUCAGAGAACCUAAGCGAUUACGUGAAGAGCAAGUACCAGGUUAAGGAGAACGAAGAAAUCCAUAGAGAGGAGAUGAGCUCCGUAAGUGCUAUGGACAGUAAGCUGGGUGACAGCAUGUACAGUAGCUUAUACCUCGAAGAACGGGACCAGAAGUUUAAGCAAAAUAUUUCGAAAAAGUUUUUAAACAAAAAGAAAAGCUCAAGAAGUUCAAAAGGUUCAAGAAGUGCAAGGUGUUUCAAAAAGGGAAGUCGAAACGGGGAUGAAAAUUCUUCAAAUUCUUUGGACAUUGUUAGAUUAUCCAGUUUUAAAUCAAAGUCAGAUGUGAAACUUUCGUGUAGUAACAGCAAGGGAACUUCUUUUUCGUUGUCCGAUUCGAAGGAAUCCCACAUUUCGCGUGGGUACAUGUCCGACAGCAAGAAGGAGAAUAAUUCGUACUACAAUUAUGUCCAGUCAAUAUUACCUUUUGGAAUGAUGGCUCAUCGGGAGAAUGCUAGCCACGAUGAGAAUUCAGAAGAUGGAAGAAAGGAAUAUAUAUCGGAGAGGAAUGGAUAA